AUGAAGUUCCAAGUUCCCUGGGCUCCAACACUCUGUUUGUGGGCGGCCCUCGCGCGUACAGUUCUUGCAGAGCCCAUCCCCGCUCCUACGGGCAAGUACAAUGUCGGCGCCCAGCGCUUCGUCGUCCCCUUCUUAGACGAGGACGACGUCGUGUGGCCGAACGGUGUUUCGACCGAAUACCUCGUUACGUUGUACUAUCCUACCACAGACGAGAAACCUUGUCCGAAGCCGUACCUCGAGCCCGAACUUGUUGAGUUGUAUGAGGAUUUAUGGAAUUACAACAUCUCCCACCUGACUUCGACUUUGCGGUGGAAUGCCUCUUAUCUUGAAGAGGGAACGGGUCCGACGCUUCUCUUCGGGCCCGGCGGUUGGGGUCCACCGACGGAUGGCAGCUACAUUGCCAUCUCUGACCUCGUCUCCCACGGAUACGUCGUGGCUGCAUUCGACCACGUCUACGAGCAACCUUUUGUGCGAUAUCCCAACGGCACAGGUGUCUAUGGCCUCUCUCCAGCCUUCAACAAUUACACCCUUUCCUGGGUCGAAGAACUGCACGCCGUCAGGGUCAGACAGCAACUUCAUUUCAUUGACUACUUUCUCUCUCUCGUGGCAGAGCUCGACGCGCCCUUCAAGACCACCGACCUCGGCACGUUUGGUGUGUCUCUCGGAGGCUCCGCUGCUCUCACCUUGGCACUGGAGAGCGAUGCCGUGGCCGCCGCCAUCAACGUGGACGGUACCAACUGGGGUCGAUUGAACAGCACUUCCGACUCCGACCUGGAAAAGCCGUCGAUGAUUCUGGGCUUCGGGGGUCACAAUGCAAACUCUGACCGCACUUGGAGCAAUUACCGAGCCUGGCAGACUGGUUGGUGGCGUCUGUUCUCGGUGGAUGGAAGCUUGCAUGCUGACUGGGAGGAUCGGACAUAUUGGAAGAUUUUCGGCACAACUGCUACAAUGGGGCCUAUUGAUGGCAACAGGAUGGUUGAUAUCACAAGGAUAUUUAUCAGAGCUUUCUUUGAUGAGGUUCUCCUGGGUAUUGAACAGCCCCUUUUGAAUAAUUCUUCGAAAGAAUUCCCUGAAGUGCACUGGGACGAGAUUCAUAACGGAGACACACUUGAACGGGCAUCUGAGCAGCUUCAGGCUCAGUCCCGCAUUCUCAACGAACUAUUCCCCAACAUCCCGGUAGAAGACCUCGUCGGAAAGACUCGCUCACAGCUUGUCGCCCUCAUCCCUCGCGACUCGCUCUACAACCUACCACCCACGACUCAAGAUCCUUCACCGACUGAUAUCUCCACUGUCGAUGAGGACGAUGACGAUAAUGACCCGAAUGACUCGACUCAGAUCUCUGAGAACGGCGAGCCCGCCAACGACAGGCGGUGGGAUGAGUCCGCCGCCGCUCAUCAGCCCACAGCGACCAUCCGUGCAAGUGACGACAUCAACGCAAUAUCCUUAGCAACAGACCAGCAUCGCCGCUCAUAUCUGGGCGUCACCUCCAUGAGUGCCGUGCUCAGAGCCAUCUUCCGUCUCUGUCCAGCCGCUAAGGAACACACCGCCCAGCGCGCAAAGUCAUGGACAGAGUCCUCAUCGUUGCCGCAUUACCAACAAAGCCUGCCCCCUCUCUCUAUCCUCAACGCAGCCAGUCAAGGAAUGAACCCCCUCCGCGAGCAACGCUGCAUCGAGUUCUACUUUGAGCACAUCCACCCCAUAACACCCAUCUUGAAUGAAGACGACUUUCGCAACACUUACGCCGCAGGCAACCGCCACGAUGACUCUUGGCUCGCUCUUCUGAACAUGGUCUUCACUCUCGGCUCCGUCGCGUCAGGGAGUGACACGCUACACGUGCAAUAUUACAAGCAAGCACGCGCCCAUCUCGGUCUUGACUCUCUGGGGUCAGGCAACAUGGAGAGUCUUCAGGCUUUGUGCCUUCUCGGCGGCUACUACCUUCACUACCGCAACUCACCCAACAUGGCAUACGCAGUCCUUGGUGCUGCUCAUCGCGUGGCCAUUGCCCUUGGCUUACAUCGCGAGCCUGUUCGCAGUCACCGACAUGCCGCCGAGCACACCGCCGAACACCACAGUAUCCGCACCGAGACCCGGCGACGGACGUGGUGGAGUCUCUUCUGCCUGGAUACGUGGGCCAGCAUGACUCUUGGCCGGCCGACUUGCGGUAGAUGGGAUAGUAGCACCAUGGACACGCUUCUACCCACUCCUCUCACCCCAGAUGACCACGUUGCAGCGUCUUUGAGAGCUAGUUGUCACUUCUGCCACAUCUGCGAUCGGAUACAACACCGCUUCGCCCAACCCGCGCGCCUCACAGCCCAAGAGGCCCUAUCCUUCGACCGAGAGCUCCGCGAUUGGCACGCCUCUCUCCCCGAAGCCCUCAAGAAUCCGGCCAACUCCCCGCCAAGGUUGACCGUCGCCCGGGAGUUCAUGCGGAACAGAUACCUCAACGUCCGCCUAAUCCUCUCCCGCUGCUUCCUACUAUAUGUCGCCCACGACCACGGCCUCAAACGAGGCAGCACUUCCGCAACCAGCGACAUCGCCUCAAACAUCUCGCAAGAGGAGCUCUCCCUCGUCGAAUCGUGCCGCACCGUUGCGUCAGAAGCAAUCGACGCCAUCACGCUCUUUUGGACGCCCAACCGCGUCCAUGUCUGGAAUUCUGCGUGGUAUCUCUUCCAAGCAUGCAUGGUCCCCUUAUUAUCCAUCGCGAUCGAAACCCACAGAGCGACAGCAGCCCGCAAACACCAACACCAAAACGCCCAAAGACGAACAUCGGGCGCAUCGACCUCGGUCCCGAUAACCUCAAUAACAAUACCUAAUCAUCCGCCUCCAGCAGUCGCAGGGUCUCCGGAUACCGUAGCCUCCGUCGCGUUGCAGACAUGGUGCGCGAGUCUGACCAAGGCCCUCGAACUCUUCGCUGAGAUGCGCCCCUGGAUGCGUGCCUCGGAUAGGGCUCCAGAUAUCGUGGCGGCACUGUAUGAAGCUAUCACUGCGGAGGUCGAGGGCGGGUCUAACGCGGGGUCCACGAUUCGGACACCAUCGGCGACCACGGACGGAGGGAUGGAUCUGUUUGGAUGGUGCGAUGAGCAGCUCACAGAGCUGGACUGGAGCACGUUCCUCGGAGGUGGGGGCGGCAGUGGGAUGUCAGCUGGGGACGACCAUUUGAUGUUUUGA